GGGGGGGGAAAUGGUCACAUUUCUCAGGCACCUGAAAACGUGCUGGUUAUUUUAGGACUCGUGUUGCUUAUUGAUGGGCGGGGAGUGUUUAAACUACUUCCACUCCGGUCAUGUUUUGAUCGUGACUGUACAUGGCAAGCAGCUGAACGCGUCAGGACCUCUGUAAUCCAGAGAACCCCUUAACAAAGAUAUAUCCACAGCCUGGCAUCAUAGGUGUGCAGAGAAGAGCGGAGCUGUCUUCUGCUGUCUCUUCACCUCGGACAUUAUUACUACAGAUCUGCUCUAAUUUCCUUUAAAAAUAUUUCUUUCUCUUUUUUUCGCUGGCCGGGUUUUCUCAACAACCCCAAUGCCCUGCGCGCACUGCUUUUGGAUACACGGGCAGUUCUUGACUCUUUCACCUAUAUCAACGAAACUCAUCAGUGGCACGCAGAGGCAGCCAGUCCAGCGUUAGACGGCCACAAGAAGACAGGACGGAACAAGUGGACAACGUCCACCUUCUCAGAAACAUGGAGCACAGUCCUGGUGGUGGUGUUAUCUUGUACGCAGGCUCGUCCGGCAGUGCCAGUCCGAGUCCUGGCAGCCCCUCUAGUGGAUACCAGACCCAGUCGCCCUCCUCCCACUCGCAGCCUUCAUCCCCAGAGGGUGUCUCCUUUCAGGAGAUUGGGCCCCUGAAGCAGAGAGGGGAACGUAGAGGAGGGACGCCUUCCCCAAAAUUGGUCUUCCAGUUUCCUGAAGCCAACAAUGCUCCCGCUGCCCUAAUAACAACAGUGUCGUCCGCAACCUACAGCCAUCCUACAGUGGCCAAAAGACCUUGUGGUUUCACAGGCACAUUCACCAAAACCGGAGGUAUGGUGCUUCUGUGUAAAGUAUGUGGGGACAUCGCCUCUGGGUUCCAUUAUGGCGUGCACGCCUGUGAAGGCUGCAAGGGUUUCUUCAGACGCAGUAUUCAGCAGAAUAUCCACUACAAGAUGUGUGUAAAGAAUGAAAACUGUCUCAUCAUGCGCAUGAACAGAAACCGGUGCCAGCACUGCCGCUUUAAGAAGUGUCUCUCCGUUGGCAUGUCCAGAGAUGCUGUGCGUUUUGGGCGUAUUCCCAAGCGGGAGAAGCAGAGACUAUUGGAUGAGAUGCAGAGUUACAUGAACAGCCUCAAUGAAUCAGCUUCCAUGGAAAUGGAGGUGUCCCCUCCAACCGAUGCCCCCUGCAGUCCACACAAUCACACGAAUGAAGGGGCGAGCUCCAUCUCACAGUCGUACCACAGCAGCGUAGUGAACAGAGACGAGAAACCACCCAAGAUGGCUGUCGGCAACAGCAACAUUGGCACUUCCUCUUUCCACAACAAUUCAGCGCAGCAGCCUUUAAUGUCUCACUCGGCAACCCAGACUCACCACACAGUCCACGGGGAGCAGGCAAGCUACCAAGACUCCACAAGCUGCCCUGUUUCCUCCACCAACAAUGAAAACGCCGCCAUUGUCGACAACGCCAAUCAGAAUCAGUGCCCCGUCAGUGGGCACCGCCUAUCAUCUCAAUCCUACCCAGCCAAUCACAACAGUUACCCAGCAAGUGAUUCCCAAAACCAAGGUCCCUGCCCCUGGAAGCUAAACGGAGGAGCCAAAGUGCUGGCAUGUCCACUCAACUCAUGUCCUGUGGCUCCGGCCAGUCGCUCCAGUCAGGAGGUUUGGGAGUCUUUCUCCCAGUGCUUCACCCCCGCUGUUAAAGAAGUAGUGGAGUUUGCAAAGAGCAUCCCAGGCUUCCAGUCCCUCAGCCAGCAUGAUCAGGUCAUGCUGCUCAAAUCGGGCACUUUCCAGGUUUUGAUGGUGAGAUUUUGCUCACUGUUUGACCCCAAGGAGAGAACGGUGACCUUCCUCAAUGGGCAGACUUACUCACUGGCAUCACUUAGGGCUCUUGGCAUGGGUUCCCUACUUGAUGCCAUGUUUGAAUUCAGCGAGAAGCUAGCAUCUUUGUGUCUGGAGCCAGACGAGAUGGCUCUUUUCAUGGCGGUCGUGCUGGUUUCUGCUGAUCGCUCUGGUAUAGUGGAGAUGGCAGCGGUGGAGCAACUGCAGGAUAAUCUAAUAAAAGCUCUGCGCUCUCUCAUCACCAGUCGCCGCCCAGAGGAUAGCACCCUCUUCCCAAAGUUGCUGCUACGUCUGCCGGACCUGCGCACCCUGAACAACCACCACUCUGACAAGCUGUUAGCUUUCCGCAUAGAUCCUUAAGUUCAAAGAGCAAAAGCUUCCUGAGGUGUCUGCUUUGGGGAGCCUCCCUGCUCCCCAUGCAAGCCUGACCUGACAUAUACAGUCCACUGGCUUUUGCAUGAUGGGCCAUUGUUGUGGGAGCUGUGCCAAGUCUGAUGCCAUGAGAGAGUGAACUUGAAGGGGAAAAAAGAGAAAAAAACAUCAGUGAAGGAUGUAGGCACAGCAGGAAGGUGAGGCUCCUGAACUAAUUCUUCCUCCAGUUCCAGGAUCGCUGAAACAAACAUUAAAACACAGACUAUGUUCUUCCUUGGGUGCUUCGAGUCAACAUCCAACCACCAAGUCGUCACCUCUCCCUCAGUGAGUUUGUGCUGAAGACCAAAAAGAAGCGAGCGCCUGUUGUUCCUCACUCGACUUUGUCCUCCUAUCCCAGCACACAAAGCUAACAAGAGGGAAGGAACAUGUACAAACCUUCACCAACAAUGCUUUCUUACUGUACAUUCAUGCUACAUUGUGUAAAGGGCACUUUCCAUACAUUAAGAAGUCCUCCUAAAUCCAUAUAUAACAGAGCAAUAGAAAUGUCUAAAACACAGUUGAGAGGGCAGUUUGUGGGGGCCCUUUUGAAAUGACAUAAGCUAUUUUCACAACAUGUCAGUCACCCUGUGGGAAAUCUUUAUGAAAAUCACCCAUUUGUGAUUGAGAAAUGUAUAACAUUUUUAAGAAAUGAGAGUAAAUGCAUUGUAUUUGUAUGCGGUAAUCAGGGAGAAAUGAUUGGUCAUUUUAGACCAUGUCUGAUGGGAUAUAUGUUAUGGUGUUUCCUUGUACAUUUUGUAUAUAACCUUUAUUCUUGGUCUUUGUUAGUUUGCAGAUUCUUGGAUAUGUAAAAGAAGCUAGUAUUGCAUUAUUGUAUGUAUAUCACAUAAUAGAUUGCUCUACAGACUGCAAAGAAAACAUUUCAACCUGACAGAACACUUUUUAUUUGAAGAUAUAUAAUUGAAAUAAAUGUAUUGCCAACUGA